AUGUCUAUGAGUGAUUUUCUGGUGCAACGUAUUUUGGGCCUUGGGCCAUCAUCAGAAGCACGUUCAGUUGCUACAAAUGAGCAGAAUGCAUCAGCAAUAACAACACCAAAGGCACCAACAGGAUUACAGAAUCUUCAUUCUACCGCCAAUGGUCUUACAAGCCCAAUGAUGGAUUAUGCCACAACGUUACAACUAAUGCAACUACAAAUGUUUUGCCAACCGGGCUUAUUAAAUUCAUUCCUGAAUCAAAUGGCUACAAUUGGACUAGCUAUGAAUAGUAGUUUGAAUAAGGUGACACCAACAGUUGAAACAUCAACAAAUAAUUGUGUAAUACCAAUACGUGAACGGAAACGACUUGCAUCACGUUGUUCUGAUGAUUUACCAUCGAAGCGAUCUAAAGUAAUACGACGUUUAGCGGAUGAUUCAGAAACAAGUUCACCUGUUUCGGGAAUGUUUAUCAAAGAGGCGUCAUCUUUACCGCCAGCCGAUGAGUUACAAGCAGCUGCGGAUUUGGAUGAGACCGCUGUUUUUGUUAACGUUUCCGAGGAAAGUCGACGUAAAAUUGAACAAAUUACGAAUGUAAUUGGUGAUUGCAUAUGUGCCUUAUGCAAAGUUCGAUAUGAUGAUGUAUUUCGGUUGGCACAACAUCGAUGUCCACGUAUCAUACAUGAGGAAUAUCGUUGCCCAGAAUGUGAUAAGGUAUUUAGCUGUCCGGCAAAUUUAGCAUCACAUCGCCGUUGGCAUAAACCACGCGGAAAUGAUCGGAUAGCUACUGCAUCAUUAUCGUCAUCAUCUUCCGUUUCCGCCUCCUUAAAUAAUUUCAUAUGUAAGACGUGCUCCGCAACAUUUGAUACAAAAAAAGCCUUCAAAUUACAUUCCGCAAAUUGCUCAGCCAUUCUCUCCGUUAAUUCUAGUCACACUCAAAAUCAUCUCUUAAAUUUAUUGCAACAUAAUUUUCCAUCAAAAUUAAAACCUAAAACGAAACAUCGUAAAAUUUGCAUAUAA